AUGGCGGCGGUCGAUGUCGACGUCGGCUACAUCGCAGGCCACCUGGGCCUUGACCAGCCUGUGGUGGCUACUCUGACGACGCAGCCCACCAUUGAUCUAGUCACUACUCUGCUGCAGGCCGUGGCUGCCAAGGCACACGAGUUCGAGACUCUCUACGCCGAGAAGCUCCAGACCGACAUUGAACUGGAGAAUGCAGUUCGAAACUCCGAGACCAAGUCCCAGACCUUCAAGGGUACCGCCGAAAAGGCUCUCAAGGAUGUGGAAGAAGCCCGACAGCGCCUCAAGGAAGAGGAAACGAAACGACAGUCCUUAGAGAACGAGCUUCAAAGUCUGAAAGCCAAGUACUCCGAUCACGAUGCCGAAGUCAAGGCCCUCAACGACAAGAUUGAGACUCUCCAAUCUUCCAACCGAACGAACCUCAGCAUCAUCGAAUCCAAUAACAAGCGCGACCAGACCUUGACCGAGGAACUCACCAAGCAGCACCAGCGAAAUGUUGAGCUCGCCCGAGAAGUAACCACUCUUCAGCAGUCGGAGCAAAAUGCCAAGGGACAGCUGAACAGCGCCAAGUAUCGACAGGAUGCACUCCAACAGCAACUUGAUUUGGCACGUCAGAAUGCCGAAUGGCUCGAGACGGAGCUGAAAACCAAGAGCGACGAGGCCCUCAAGUACCGCAAGGAAAAGGGCUCCAGGAUUGCCGAGCUCCAGAGACAGAACGAAGACGCCAAGGCCCAGGUUGACGCUCUGAAACGCUCUGAGCAGCAGCUCCGCGAGCGACUUGAUGCUAUGCAGGCCAAGGCUGACGAUGCUCUUGUCAAAUUGCAAAAGCAGGAGGGCUCCUUUGCGGCCACUGUCGAGAGCUACAAGCAAGAAUUGGACGCCCAACGACGCCUUGUUGAAAUGUCCGAGCAGCUCAGCAAGAAACACCAGGACCGUGUGCGAGAGUUGGAGUCUGAGAAGGAGCGCCUCAAAGAUAAUUACGAAAACGAACUUCGGCGUGUUCGCUUAGAGCUGGAAUCGGAACGCCGUGUUACCACCGAGAUGGAGGAGCGAAUUCAACGACUUGAGAGCGACCUGGACGAAACCCGUGUCCGCAUGGAGCACGCUGCUCCUGCGUCAUCGUUACCGCAGACCCCCCAGCUGAAUGGUUCAACUUUUGCGCGGGCCAACUCUCCCUUUGGAACCCCUGGCUCUGGACGAAACAAGUCGACCAUCACUGCCACCCAAGCGAUUGAGCAGCUUUACCAGGUCAAGGGUCAGCUUGCCAGCGAGAAGCGGCGAAACCAGCAGCUCGCCGAAGAGCUCGAUGGCAUGAUUGCUGCUUUGGAAGCUAAAACACCAGAAAUCCAGGAGCUUCAGUCCGAAGCCGAGACUCUUCGAAAUGAGAUUGCACACAUGUCUGAGCUGUCACAGCAGAGUUUCGAAGAGCGGGAUGCGGCGAGAAAGGCGGCGAGGAAGGCAGAAAGCACGCUUGCUACUGCACAGUCUGAGAGCAAGAUUCUACGUACUCAACUGAGAGAUUUGGGCACACAGAUUCAGAUGCUCGUCUUCAACAUCUAUGCCAUGGAAAGGGGCAUGGAUCAGCUAACUGAGGAGGAAAAGUACCGCCUACAGCAGCUUGAGAAGGGCGAGAUCACCGAGGAGGCCCUGUCCGACAUGUCGGAUACUCACCAGUUUAUUACUCAGAAGUUGGUGGUUUUCAAGGACAUCAAGUCUUUACAGGCCAAGAAUGAGGACCUCCUGCGCAUCACCCGCGAACUCGCCGAGCAGAUGGAAAGCGAAGAGGCCUUGGCUGCCAAGCAUCAGGCCAAGGAGGACCACGACUUGGUUGAGAAGCUGCAGCAGGACCUCACCCAUAUGAUGGAGGAGAUCAAGUCUGCUAAAAUCACUAUGGAAAGCUACAAGAUGGAGCGUGAUAUGUUCCGACGCCUUCUUCAGCAACGUGGCGCCGGCGAUGAUCCUUCUUCCCACAUGCGCCAUUCUAUCGGUGGUCAGAUGCCAAUCGGCAGCAUUGAGACCGGAGAGCAGACUGAGACUCUGACAGAAGCCCUGCGUAAGAUCCAGGCAGAGUACGACAGCUUCCGGGACGCUCAGGAUGGUGUACGAAAGGACUUUAGAGAUCAAAUCGAUCAUCUGUCAUCAGAGAAGAACGCACUCCAGACUGCCAACAUCAAGCUACAGGGCGAGGCUAGGCUAGAGUUUGAACGACGGGAGAUGCUUCAGAGCAACUACGUUGCCCUUCAGAAUGAAAAUUCUGAGCUCCAGAAGAGGACCCAGAUUCUUUCCGAGACCGCCGCUAAGCAGGACAUUAGGGUUCAACAAGUGGCGGAAGAACUUAUCGAAGUCAAGGGCCUCCUGGACAGUAUGCGAAACGAGACAGCCAAUCUCAAGGCGGAGAAGAAGCUUUGGAAGGAUAUUCAAGAGCGCAUGAGCAAGGACAAUGACUCAUUGAUUGAGGAGAAGAAUAGGCUGGGCAACCUCUUGACGGCUCAACAAUCCCUGGAAAACGAACGCAACAUUACCGAAUCCGAGGCUCGCCGCAAAGCUCAAACCAAGAUUGAAACGUUGGAGCUUGAGUUGAGCACUGCGCAGAAGAAGCUUUCCCAAGCCGUAGAGGACUCUCAGCACCUGCAACAGAGGAAGGAAUACGAGGCAAAGGAGUCUCAGAAGCGGAUUGAUGAUCUCAUGGCCAGCCUGAGCCAACUCCGAGAGGAGCACAUCAGCAUCAAGACGUCCCGCGACCACCUUCAAGCUCGCGUUGAUGAGUUGACUGUAGAACUCCGAAGUGCCGAAGAGCGCGCUGGUCGCCUACAGCCUCGUCCCACGCCUCGACCAGGCCUCAUGACAGAUAGCAACGUGCGCCAGCAAGAGCUUGAAGCCGAGAUUCAGGAUCUCAACAAUGAUAUUUCUGACCUCAAGCGCGACCUCGACAUGGCCAACACGCAGUUGGAAAACGCAAAGGCUCAGGCCGAGCAGUACAAGGAGCUGAGUCAGGGCAACGAGGAGGCUUUGGAAGAUUUGCGAGCCUCACAGGACGAGUACCGACAGGAGAUGGAGAGUCUUAUUCAACAAAAGGAUGCGAGAAUCAAGGAGCUGGGUCAGCAGAUUGAAGAUUUGUCUGCUGAACUGUCGCGAUCCAACACCGAACUGUCCACCAUUCGGGACUCCCAGGGAGAAAUUGCACGCAAGUACGAAGAUGAGAAGACAAUACUAGAGGAGGAGAUUAAGCGGCUCAAGGAAGAAAGCAGUCGACACAUUGAAGCUGCUCGAUAUCAUCAGCAGGAUCUUCGUGCUCAGGCUGAGAUUGCUUCGAAAGCCCAGCAGGACUACGAGAAGGAGCUUGUUAAGCAUGCUGAAGCCGCCAAGCUGGUUCAGGAAUUGCGCAACGAGUAUAACGAGUACAAGCGAGAGUCUGCAUCACUGCGCGCGGAAGCAGAAUCCGCCAAGGUCACGCUCGCGCAAAGUGAGAGCUCUUGGGAAGACCGAAGACUACAGCUGGAGCAGGAGAUGGCUGAACUCAAACAAAGGCGUGAGGAUGCCAACGCGCAGAACAAGCUUCUGCAUCAGCAACUCGAAAGCUUGACCGGCCAGAUUGCAGCUAUGCAGCAAAACCGCAGCAACAUCGCUGAUGCGGAUGAGGCCAUAUCACCCGUUGGCAUGGGCGAUGCCAUCGAGGGCAUGCGAGAGUUGAAUGGAUACCUGCGUCGCGAAAAAGAGAUUCUGGAAGUUCAGUACGAUAUGAAGAUGAACGAAUCGAAGCGGCUGCAGCAACAAGUCGAGUAUUUGCAGUCACAGCUGGAUGAGACUCGUCUGAAGCUCGAUCAAGAGCGCCAGGCUUCGCAAAGCGGCAACACUUCCAUGGCUCACAAGGAUCUGAUGGAGAAGCUGCACGAGCUUAACCUCUACCGCGAGAGCAGCAUGGCUCUUCGGACGGAGAAUAACCAACUCAAGGAUCAGAUCACCGAGAAGAACAAGAAGGUCGACGAGAUGACGCAGAAGAUUCAGCCUCUUGAGAGCGAGAUUGACAACCUAAACACUCAAAAGUCGUUCUUGGAAGAAGAGAUUAAGCAAAUUCAGGAGGAUCGCGAUCGCUGGCAGAAGAGGACCGAGGGCAUCCUGACCAAGUAUGGUCGUGUUGACCCAGCCGAGAUGGAGCAGCUGAAACAGACAAUUGCCGACCUCGAAAAGGAGCGGGAUGCUCUCAAAGAGGGCGAACAGCCACUGCAGGCCAAGGUCGCUGAACUUGAGUCGACUCUCGAAACCGAACGGACCAACUGGUCAAAUACACGAGCCAGGCUCGCAGAGCAGUUCAAAGAACGUUCCCGAAAGCUCACUGGCGAAAAGAACGAAGCUAGCCAGCGAGCUAACAGCCUACAAGAGCAGCUUGACGAGGCUAAUGCUGCCAAGCAGAAGCAAGCGGAGCAGUUCAAUGAGGAGAGGGCGGAAUAUCUGAAGCAACUCCAUGCUUUCCAGCAGCAGGUCGAGGAGCUAGAGGCAGUCAAUGCCCAGAAACUAGGAGCACAGCAGCAGCUCGAGAGACUCCGGAGCGAAUUACAGACGGCUACCUCGGAGCGCGACACGCCGGAGGCUGGAGAGGGUCAAGCAGCUGUGAAUGGCUUGUCAGAUGCCGAGAGGAAACAGUUGGAAAGCAAACUUGCUGCCGCCGAGGCAAAGGCUGCCGAAUUUGAGCAGAAGGCAAACGAAGUUGAAGCCAAGAUCCAGCAAACGAUUAAGGAACGAUCGGACAGAAUGAAGGACACGCUGAACAACAAACUCAAGGAGAGCCGUGCCAAGUUGGAGGAAGAGUUCAAGAAGAAAGAUGAUGAUCUCAAGCUCCACUUCGAGCAAGAGAAACGAAUCUGGCAGAUCGAGAACGCAUCCCAAGCAGCGCCUGCAAAGGAAACCUCGGCUGCCGAGCAGCAACCGCCAAGCACCCCAGCCAAGGUUGAAGCACCCUCAGUACCACCAACUCCAGCUCCAAGCGGGCCACCUGAUCUCUCGCAAUUAGACGAUUCCUCCAUUCGACAGUUCUUGGCUUCUAACGCUACCGUCAAGAAUAUCAUAGCGGCCAACAUUCGCAAGAAGAUGGAUGCGGAAAGCGCCAAAAUCAAGUCUGAGUAUGAAGGCAAAAUCACAGCCGCGCGUGACCAAGCUCAACUCAUGGAGUCUAAGAAGUCCACUCUCCGGAUCAAUAUGGCGGAGAACAAGCUUAGACAUGCGACCGCGAAACUUGGCGUAGUUGAGACAGCCGCGAACGAGACGCCACAGAAGCCUGUGGUUGAAGUCUGGGAGGUUGCCAAAGCGACCCAGGCUCCUCCUCCGGCACCAGCAGCAGCCAAACCCCCGGCUCCAGCCUCAGCUACGACCACGCCAGUAAGGCAACCGUCCAUCUCUGGCAGCACACCUGCUUCAACUGCCGCUCCUCCUGCGACAACUCCUUCACAAGCCGCUACUCAACCUCCUCCAGAGCCCAAGGCAGCAGACUCGGCUGCACCUGCGGGCGGAAACAUCCAACCUCCCCAGGCUUCAAAUCCGUUCGCAGUGCCUACGACGGGUGGCUCUGCUGCUCCCAACCCAUUUGUGCAGACGGAUGCUGCCGCUGCCCCAGCGGCCCAACCUGCCCAGCCACAACAAGGCUUGCCACAAGCACAACAACCAACUCAAGCACCACAGCCAUCACAACUUCCUCAAAUCCCACCUCAACCCCAGCAGCAGGGACAGAUGCCAGUGCGGUCUGGCAUCCCAAUGCCUCGCGGCGGCGGGCGUGGACGUGGAGGAGCAUACGUGCCUCCUAGCCAAAGAGGAGCGGCCGGUAACGAAGCUGGACAGGGCCAUGCUGGCCGUGGCGGACGCGGAGGUGCACGAGGAGGUCGCGGCGGCAUGAAUGCGGCUGCAUCUGAGUUCCAGCCGGGAGCGAAGCGUCCCAGAGGCGACUCAGAAGCCGCCGGUGCUGGAGCAAAGAGAGCAAGAGGAGCUCACUAA